AUUUCUUUCUCUCAUUCAAUGCAUGGAGCUCAGAUUUGAAAGCUGGCGCGGGAGUCUUUCAGAAAAGGGGGAGGGACCUUUUUUCGCGCUCUCGGCUGCCCCCUGGCGGUAGAGGCGGGUCAUCGCAGCCAUUUGGGACCGCGAACAAAGAGAGAAAAUACGUAAUUUUAUCGAAACGCGCGCGCGAAUGCCAUCGUUUUUCAGUCAAAAUGACAAGGAGAGGCACUGGAGGAAUUUUGGGCGGCACUUCCGGGCGGUUUGGUGGCGAAAUGGCGAUAAACAGAGCGUUUGUUCUCGCCGAGCAAAGCAGCUGCUGGAACGGAGAGCAUCAAGAGGAAGAAGAUGGUGAUCAAAGUGUACAUAGCAUCGUCCUCAGGAUCCACCUCGAUCAAAAAGCAGCAGCAGGAUGUGAUGGGCUUCCUGGCAGCCAAUAGGAUCGAGUUUGAGGAGUGCGACAUCGCAGCCAACGAGGCCAACAGGAAGUGGAUGCGGGAGAAUAUACCCGAGGAGUCCAGACCUGCCACUGGGAACCCCCUGCCUCCACAGAUAUUUAACGAAAGCAAAUACUGCGGGAACUAUGAAGCCUUCUUUGAUGCCAGAGAGGACAACGCUGUGUAUGCUUUUCUGGGUCUGACUGCUCCUCCAGGUUCAAAGGAGGCCGUAGCUCAAGCAAAGAAAGCCCAGCAGUAGCACCUUUCCACUGGAACCUCUGGCCUUCCCCACAUCCACGCCUGGACCCAGACCGACCCAGAACACAGAGAAGAGAGCCUCCACUCUUCAGUCGGCUAAUAACUAACAAUUCUACUUACUUUGUUGGAACCUUUUUGUAUGAUUCGUCUUCAGCUGUGCCUUGAGGCCCCCGGACCUCAGAGUGUGAAUCCGAUGAAAUGUUCCGUUCACGGUUAGCGUCUCGUUGUAGCGUCCUCUGCAGGAGCACAUCCUCACGAAUAUUGAUCCAAUCCAAGCAUUCAUCAGAACUUUCUGGAAAAGUUGUUGAUAAACCUCCAUAUUCAUAUUUACAUGAUUCUGAUUUAGUGCCAUUUGAAUCCCAAACUUUUUUUUAAUGAUUGUUUUUUACUAAGACUGAUAAAAGUUUAGAGACUGAAAGUACAUUCCAAAAGGGCCAGAAGAGGGAAGCUUGUUUUGUUUUAUUAUUGGCCGUCUUUGUUUAAAGGAAGUAGCAGUUUCUCUUCCUUCUGUUGGACGUCCUGUUGAUGAUCUUGUACAGCCUGGCCUGACGUGAAAUAAAGAUUUAGGUGGCAAAAAUGA